AUGCGUCUCGCCAAACUCUCGUUUUUCCUUCAGGCUCUGCUCCUGACUGCCGCGGCAGCUCAGAACUAUAAGCGGGACACCAGCAAUCUGGUCUCUGAUGUCGUGAACAACGACUCGACCACUGCCACUACGGCCUCCGAGGCUGCGGCUACCACCACCUCCGCCGAUCCCACUACCUCAUCGGAACCCUCGACCACGUCGACUACUUCAACUACCUCAUCCACUUCAUCAACCUCCUCCACCUCCACUUCCACCACCUCCAGUGAAGAGACCACAACCACCUCCUCAACAUCAGAAGCCGCCCAGACCACCGCUUCAGAGGCCAGCAAAACCACCACUUCCCAGGAUGACAACAGCAAGACCACAUCUACCUCUGAGAACCAGAAGACCACUGCCGCUGCGACUACCUCUACCACCCAGACACCGGUCGUGGAAACCAUCACCUCCUACGAAACCGUUAGCGGAAGCACCGUGGCCAAUGUGAUGACCACUACCUCCACCCCAGCUGCCACCAGCACUGCGGGCCUUAACGCCGACAGCAGCUCUUCCGGUAGCAGCAGUGGUCUCUCGUCCUCCGACAAGAAGAUCAUCAUUGGUGUUGUCGUCGGUGUCGGCGGUGCAAUCGUGCUGGGUGUUCUGGGUAUCGUCAUCUGGCGCAUUCAGAAGAAGCGCAGUGAGGCAUAUGGCGACGAGGACACUGAUCUCAUGGGUGGUACCGCCGUCGGCUCUGGGCCUCGUGAAAAGACCUCUAGCCCGUCUGCUGGUACCCCCUUCAGAAGUACACUGGACCAGUACCACAACCCUGGCCCCGUCAACGCUGCAUCGAACUUCUAA